AGCACUAAAGCCAGAGAGAACAGCAUCGCCACUGAUGCUAGAAAACGUGAAUUGCGUACUAACUUGGAGCGCUAGAGAUUUGGAUAUCACAUCGUCGUGAAAUAAGAAAACUAACUGCGUCGAAGCUGCUCACUCCCUCGUACAUCGUAAGAGCAGGCACGGCAAAUGAAAACUCGUUCAUUUUUGGGGACGUCGAGCCAAUCGUAUCGUGCAUAGGAAGAGGUAUUCAGCCCAGAGCAAAAAUUCUGCAAAAAUACCUCCGUUCAUUUUUUUCAUUUGGGUACCAUCCAUCCCGCACCAGAUUCGCAAAAACCACUCGUCCACUUGUCGUGUUUGGCACACCAACGCUACCUUCUUCUCCCAAAUCACCAACCUGUAGUUUUUUUUAACUUAUUUUUUGAGAAUAAAGCUUCACCUGGGUAGUGAAAAGAAUACGAUAGAAAAAAGACCAUGCCGGAAGACGCACCGACAGUAACCUUCGCCGAGGGCGAGGCAGAGGAGGAGGAAGUGGCGCCGGCUGACGUGCGACCCAAGUUUAUCCCAAGAGGCUACGAGAAACUCAACAAGCACAUCUACAGUACUUGAUAUUUUACACAUUUUAAUAGACGUAUGUCGGUCUCCUCGUCCGUGUGCGGCAACGAGCGAUAAGUAAGAGCGUCAUGCGCGAGCGUGCUUGUACGUGCAUGACCAUGAGCAUGUUGUACUUGAGAUGAAUCAUGAAAAAAACGUUUCGACCGUUGUACUUCAGUUCCAGCAACGUUAUUCCAUCGUUGUUCUGCAGUUCUAUAGAUGAUUCAGCGAAGAUAGAUAGCGAUCUCAACGCAUUCCAUACAACAGGAAACAUUUUCUACUCGACCUCAACGGCGGACAGCUUUCGGGAUCCUAUCAUCUUCUCCAGCGAAACGCCGGAACUGCACCGAGACUGCCGGGGAACAAAUGUGCAGGGGAUCCACGACAUCAACCGAAGUGGGAAGUUCAAGCCCUCCCGCGCACCGCUCUACCAGCGAUCGAUGUGCGCCUACACCCAGCAGUAAGUUACUUAUUUUCCCAACCCCAUCAGUCAAUAGAAGAUUUCAGAACAAGUUCUUCUGUUUGCAAAAGAUUUUCUAUACCUGCUUCGCUUCCGUUGAUGGAGACCUCACUGACAUAAUCAUGCACACGUAUCACAGGAAAAAUUGAAAAAGAAAUAGCGGAGCCGACAUGGCAGAUAAUUAUAAUUGCGAAUGAGAAUGAAUUGCACCACGCUGUACUAAACAAGGUUUGUCCCGCGGCCAUUGGACGGCGUGCAGAUAAAUAAGGAGUGUUACGACCUGUUUAAGGAAAAAUGCGAGACACCCUCCACUUCAAGCGGCGGCAAGGGCGCACAGUUUCACGGUGAAACCACAACGGCUUUCUCGUACCCGAAAUACUCACGAUCACAAAGCGAGAAAGCCAUCGCGCCAAAUUUCAAACCACAGCAGGUGAGUCAUCUCCGAUGGUGAUUCUUUUGCAUGCAGGAUAGAGGACGUCGUCGUCCUGCUGGAUGUGCGGUAGGGAAAUUGAAUGAAGAUCCGGUUGGUUUGUUCUGAUGCGUGUUGAUUUGGAAACUAAAGUAGUUGUAGUAAAGUACUAUGCAUCAAUAAAUCAGAAUCACGACAAAACAGGCCAAGCACGUGUCCGAUGAGAACAAGCUUAUGGUCACGCAGUCCUUCCAGCACAAGGAAUACCCAUGCCCGUCUCCUCAAGCGACGAAGAACGCCAGACCAGCUGCUUUUAAACCUGCGUAUUUUUUUAGAUAGCUGUUUUUAUUUAACGAGAGGACACCUUGAAGUUGACCUCUACGGUUUUUCCAUGGAGCAGGGUUCUUUUUCAAGAUCAAGCAUGCCAGUGGACUUGUAUGAAUAUACCAUUCCAGCAGAAGAUGAAAAGCAGUACUCAGCGUAGUUGGAAUGGGCGGAUGGAUAAUCAUCGGUCACGUUGUUCGCCACACAGGUACAAGACGCACAAGGCAGUGGGCACGAUGUCGGCGAAGUCCAGUUACAACCGGGAAUACCACGCGGACAAAUACAACAGCGUGUGGCCGGUGAGAUUCGCCAGACAAAACGCGCCGCCACCACCGGCCAGCGGCUACACCGGUACUAGUGCUUGCUUAUUUCUUGUUCUUGAAAAUAUGACGAAGACGAGUACUAAACUACUCGUAACGAUUGGGAAUCGUGAACCCAACUGAGUAGAGAACCAGUUGCAGUGUCGAAAAUGUGCAUAUGUGAAAGCCAACGUCGGCGUGCCAUUAGUUCGAAAUGACGGACUUUUCAGGUAAACAACGGCUGGAUCCGGAGAGCCCGCGCAAACUGAAGGAGGAGGACUUUCACAUCGGAGAUGUGGUGGUUUAUGGGCCGUGCUAAACGAAGCUCGGUAUCGAUUGAAGAUGGUAUGCUUCAACCAUGCCAGCUUCUAUUCAGGUUUAAUUCAGUAAUACACUCUAGCAAAAAAUCAGACACAGUGCGAUACAACAUUGUUGUAUCAGCAAAUCAGACACCGUUAUCAUCUUUCGAACAGCCAGAACAGCUUACAUUUGGUAUCAGACUCGAUUUGUUGAGAUUGCAAUUUUAUCAGACAACCAACUAAAAUUGUGUGGAAUAGCAUAAAAUUAUAUCGGUACAGACUGUUUGUAAAAAUUAUCAUCCUCCAGGUAUCGAAAAUUUCAAUUUGAAAAUUAUUCCGAGGAAAGCAGAUCUUUGUUUUUAGAACUCAGCAGCAACUAGAUUUUUGAUUUUCGUGGCACCAGGUCGUGGCGCUUGCAAACCGAUUUCAUUCAGACUAUAGCAGGCUGCUAGGCAUGUUGACUUUCACUAUUCUUGAUCUAUCAAAAUUACCUGUAUGUUAUGUAUUAGGAUCAUCACAUGAUGUGAUACGGACUCACGAGUGUUUCGAAAAAACUCUGCUAAUAGCCGCCCAGGAGAGGACUUUUUGGACGAUAGACGAUUGUAACAAUGUUUAGGCGAUGAUGGAACAAGUAGAACGGGAAUCGACAUUCUAUUCCAAAAUUUCUAUGUGUCUCGGACCGGGCAAAUUUUGGGCACUGUGGGGCUAUGGUGCGGAGGCAAUAGAUUUUUGAAAUUUUUCACGAGAAUACAUUACAAGCUUCUAUUUUGCCUCGCGGUAAAGACAAUUCGAUUGUGACCAAAACGCACCAGAAGAGUAUUUGUGACGCCGAGUCAAACGCACGGGAACACAGAUGAUUUGUGCAAGCUUUGCUGCGUCGCUUGUCCUUCCGAAGGCACGCAGCACUUCCAACAUGCGGCCCCGCUGUUCAAGUUUUCAGAAAAGAAAUUCCAUUCUAGGAGGUUCGGUUUAGUUUUUUCGACAAAACAAAAUCAAACUUUUUUUUCGCUGUUUUUUGUCGACCAGCAUCGGGUGACCUCGUUUC